UCAUCAGUUACUGGCGAGCUCGGGGGUUUUCUUUGCUUAUUACUCCCUCCGAACAUUUUUGACACUAUCCCCGUCCCAUAAUAUAAAAACGUUUUUGACACCAGUGUAGUGUUAAAAACGUUACAUUUUGAGACAGAGGGAGUACAGUGCUUGCUUCCCCGUCAUAUGUGACGGACGGGCCGUACCUAAAAAAUCAGAGGCCGUGUGCGAAUCAAAAUUUAGGCCCCGAUAUUUGAAAGGGCAGAUUAAAAUGUAUAGUGUGUUCUCAUUGCAGCAACAUAAUGUUCAUGUAGUGUGUUCAACCGCUCCGGUUGCACCUGCUCCGACUGGGAGAAUAUCAUACAAAAACAAAUAUUUAGUGAAAACCGAUGAAAGCCACACGAAAAAAAGAUGCUUUCAAUUUUCGAAAAAUCAGAAAAAAGUUAGCAUUGAAUAGUGCCGAACAGUAGCGUCACCAUUAAUUGCUGAAUUUGUUAUUUUCAUGGCUUGCAUCCCGCAAUAUGUUUUUACUUCAAACUUCACAUGACAAUAGAACAUCAUCUUCUUAACAUCUCAAUUUUUUUAUAUUUUUUUGAAAUUUCCAAAUGUGGUUUCUCAGAUGUUUUCUUUGAACAUUGGUUUCCGUAUGAUAUUCUCCACUUCCCGGCCACCCUCGAGCUGCGGCUUGUGCUGUGUGGGUCGGGCGACGACCCCGCCGACGCUUUCAGCACGUCCGUAAUUUCUAUUUUUCGUACUCUCCUAUGGGUGUUCAACUCGGCUUCUGCCCUUAGAUUUCGGGAAAAAAAAAUGAAUCUCGUGUUUCGGUCGACAUCAACUUUUUUGGUGUGGUGUGGUGUGGCACAUUAGCGCAUGUCGACCGCGCGCGUCGACGUUGAUGGCUGAACCGACGGUCCCUACACGCGUGCUUGUCUCCGGUUGUCGGCUCAGAAGCCAGCCAAAAUCUGUCACGUGCUAGUAUGGAUCCUGCAUUAGUACUACUUGAUGUAAAUCUGUCACGGACAAGUAAGGCCUUCGCCUCUCACUCCUCUCCUACCCACUACUCCUCUCGCUCUGCCUCCCCACAACCAAAAGGUUUGGUUUUCGUUCCACUCCCCACCCCGGCGAGGUUGCCUCCUCCAGCUAAUCUCCCUCGCCAUUGCCGUGCUUCGUUGGUUCGUCUUCCCUUCACUCCCGUAGUGACAUCAUCGAUGGGGACCAAAUGUCUCAUGGUGGUGACCAGCAUCCUGGCCGUGAUGACGGUCGUUUUCGGAAUCAUCAGCGCGGUUCUCUUGGCAAUGAAACAUCAUCAAGAUGACAAUGGCGAGUUCUCUACGUACCGACGAUCGCCGGCGAUGCCAUGUGGCGUGGUAGCGGCCGUGUUGGCAUCGAUGACGCAGAUUCUUGCCGGCGUGGCGAUCUGCUGCUUUGGGGCGUGGCGGGUAACUAAGGGGGCCAAGCGCAUCGCCGCGGUGGUCUUCUUCAUCACCUCAUGGGUCCUCGCGAUCAUAGCAGUGCUACUAUUUCUGGCAGGGGCCAUGUUAGGAUUUGAAGGCUCUGCAAAGAAAACUGUUGGGAAUGCUAGGAUUGUCGGAGGUGUCGCAAUUUUCGUGAUCGCGACAUUUUUGUUUCUUGUAGUCGCCGCCCUUGAUGUUGCCUCAUACCGCCUAGUUCGGAAGAAGGACCACUACCAAGCAUAUGUUGGCAGUAAUCCUCCUUUUGUGCCAUCUAAAGACGCUCCCUACGGUUCUGCUCCUCCACCGCCAAAUCAAGUCUAAGGUUAGCUCUGCCACCAUGGCAUGGUUGUCUUUCCCUUCCAAAGGAGGAGCGCGCUGUAUGAACUGCGGUAGGUGGAAGGCGUAGGCUUGGACCCAUGCUACCAUCUUGCGUGUUUUGUGUGUUUGUUACGGCUCCACUCAAGUGUGCUUGUGAAGUUUAUCUGCAUUGCUUGAAACAUUAUGUGCUUGUGAAGCUUUUUAUACUAGUCAAUGUGUACGUGCAAUACGGCAUUAAGUAGGAUAUUAUUUGCGUGUUAUUA